GCAUGUGAAAAAUCACUAUACUAAGGAGGCAGCGGGGGAAGCAGGGAGAGAGAGAGAGAGAGAGAGAGAGAGAGAGAGAGAGAGAAUGAGAGAGAGAGAGAAUGAAAGAGAAUGAAAGAGAAAGAGAGAGAGAGAGAGAGAGAGACAGAGAGAGAGAGAAGGAUGUCGCUGCUGCUGUUGCCAUGGAAAUGCUCUGUUCUCAACCCUGGGCUCCGGAACACACCAUUAUCAUUCUAACGUUGCCGUGAGAGACUGACUGCGCCCGGAUGCUUCAGAAACGGGUCAGAAUUGAGCACCGCGGAACUGGCCAUUAACCCUUUGAGAGGGCCAGGUGGCGGGGGGCUUAAAAUGUAUGGCUUGUGGAGAACCCCUCCUCCUUAGAAGGGGAAUACUAGGUACAUUCAUUUAAAUCACACCAGACUCAUGGUCAACCAGUUCAGGUUUUCAGAAUAUGCAGAUUAAAGACAGAAUGAACCUCAUAUAGUUCCAGUGCAUGGCCUGAAUGAUGUGUCAGGAUUAUGAAUAAGCCUUGUCAAUCACGGCUAUUCCCGCAGAAUAUCUACGGACAGUAUAGCAGAAUCUCAGUGGUUCCUAAACCUUGGGCUCUAAGAGGGGCUGAGGAUACAUCAUCUGUGCCUCCCUGUGACUCAAAAAAACAAAAAAAAAAACCCACAAAUUGAGUAGGAGUAUGUACACAUGUGUGACUAAAGAGACUGUCAUUGUGGGCACUUUUAUGAGUGUCCACUUGAGUGUGCGUGUACGUUCGUGUGCAUGCAUGUGUAUGUAUGUGUAGUCACCAUGUCUAAAAAAUCAUGAUUUCAUGCCUAGGUUUAUGUGAAUACAGCUGUUUGGUGUCACAUAGUUAUAAUAGCCAUUUAGAAAAUGGCGCAAAUGUCAUACCAAUUUUUGAAACAUCUCAGGUAGAACUGAAUGACAAUGGAAGAUACCUUGCCAGACAACGAUAUGUGAUUUAUGUCUCAGCUGUAACUCAAACUAGCUGAGUAGUAUCCAUAUUAGCAGAGCAUUUUUUCCCUCCUUUACUGUAAUCUCCAAGAUAAAAUUACAACAUAAAUCUCCAACAUAAAAUAAUUUUUGUCAUGUUUCAGCUUUAGAAACUAUAGGCAUCAGCUGAAAACCUGGCACUACUGUUUCAUGUGUUAGAAGUACAGAAGGCGAACAUGUUCUGUUCUGUCAUUUUAAAAAUCUCUGGCCAAAGACGGCCGUUGUACCCUUGAGUAAGGGGCUUAAUCACCGUUAAAAACUGCUGUGCAUGUCCACACUUCUCAAAGCAUAAAACAUGUACCUGUCCACACCGCUCAAAGAAUUAACCUGAUUUUGUUGACGACAACGUGCAGUCCCCAGUCUUACCGGCGGCCAAGUAGUGAUGCCAAACCUUGAGAGAAGAGCAGUUUGUUCGAAUUCUGCUGAGGAAGUCGACCUUAAUGUCGUAUACCUGGCAGCAGCCAAUGGAGAUGUCAAUACUCUGACAGCGGUCAUCCGCGAGGACCCAUCCAUUUUGGAAUGUUGCGAUGGCGAAGGGUCCACCCCUCUGAUGCACGCAGUGUCGGGUAGACAGGUGGACACUGUGAAGCUGCUGCUGAAAAUGGGGGCGUCCAUAAACACUCAGGAUGCGUGUGGACGAACGUCUCUUUCCUUGGCAACGUACCUGGGCUGGCUUGAAGGCUGUGUGUGUUUACUCCGAAAUGGUGCCAAGCAAAACAUCCCAGACAAAAAUGGACGUCUGCCACUUCAUGCUGCCACUGCUGAGACUGACUUAAGGCUCAUGGCCGUGCUGCUGCAGCAGUCCACACUGUGUGAAAUCAACCACCAAGACAACGAGGGCAUGACAGCUCUUCAUUGGGCGUCUUUCCACAACAGGCCGCAGCACGUCCAAGCCCUUCUGCAGAAGGGAGCAGACCCCACUCUGGUGGACAAAGACUUCAAAACUGCCCUUCACUGGGCUGUGCAGAGUGGCAGCAGAUUCAUGUGCUCACUCAUCCUGGACCACCACUUGGGUUCAUCCGUCAUCAACUAUGACGAUGAAAAUGGGAAGACAUGCGUGCACAUCGCUGCCGCUGCCGGCUACAGCGACAUCAUCUACGAGCUGGCGCGCGUCCCCGAGACCAACCUGCAGGCGCUCGAUGUAGACGAGAGGACCCCCCUCCACUGGGCCGCUGCCGCAGGGAAGGCUGACUGUGUCCAGGCCCUGUUACAGCUGGGCGUGGAGACGGGCCCACGGGACAUCAACGAAAACACGCCCCUCACAUAUGCAAUGUAUUGCGGCCACACUGCUUGCAUCAAACUCCUCUCCAUAGAGAGCAGAUCCACAGAAUCAGAUAGGCAGCUGCACUCCCAGAACAGUGACCACAGUCUCAGAAAGGAAGGCAAAUUCAGCGUGCUCAACCAGAUCUUCUCCUGCAAGAAGAGGAAAGAGCAUCAAAUGUCAAGACAGAAGGACAAGGUCAGAGACCGGGACCGCCACAUGAAGGAGGAGACAUCUGAGGUUGAUGACAUCAUCACCAUGUUUGACUGCAUCGUGGAGUCCUCCCCCAAGGACCAAACUGAGGACAGUCCAGACACUCGAAAGCAUCCCAGCGAAACUCAGAAACACCACCUUAAAGAGAAUCACGCUAUGGCAAAGGAAUACAAGGGGCUCCCACCCAUAAGGACGCAAAGUCUUCCCCCCAUCACACUGGGAAACUCUUUGUUGGCCAGCUCCCAAAAUGCAUCGCAAGCGGGUGCCCAGGGGCAGAUGGCCCACCAUUUUGCCCGCAGGUCUCAGAAAAGCCGGAGUGAGCAUGACCUGUUUGACAAUCGACCCAAAGGCCAGGCCGUGCUCAGCAACACGUGGAGGUCGGAAUCCAAUCAGGUACUCUCACACAAAGCGUGGACGACCCCUGAUUCUGACAGGCUGCUGGAUGAGCUGCUGGAUGAGAAGUCCAACACCCUGGAUGUACUUUACCCUCACCACAUUCCUUACAUGCAGAAAAAUGAAGCUCCGAAUUCACACCUGCUUCCACUGGACAGGUUGAAGAUCAGGGAGACUGCCCUCACACGCAACAGCUUGGCCCCCAUUCGUGACCACUGCACUCACAGGUUCUCCUUGCCACCUGACCAAGUAUCUCAGGGAGUGAAGAAAUCCAAAUCUCUCCCUCUGGGUUCCCUGGGACGGGCCCGACCGGGCCUCCCUCCACCAGUGACCUCCAGGACCCACAGGAUUGCAAUGCCCCAGAGCCAGUCCCUCUGUUCAUUCUUGCCCAUCCAAACAGGGGACCCCCUGCGGAACAUCCACGUCCUCCCUGCCAUCCCAUCCCAUAAGAAACGCAGCAUGUCCCCACCCGAACCCCAGAGGACCACUCACAGUGACCUUGACAACAGAACCUGAUGUGUCUUUGCAUCUCCCCGGGUGACACGGGGCACGAUGUACUGUAUAAAUGACUGAACCGUCUCCUGUGAGCUAUCAAUGCAGUUCAGCUUGGUGACUUUAAAUUGGCUUGAAGAGAAUGGCACAGCAAGAAUGCAGUAUGGCAAAUUACCUGUUGCUCAGUCAUCAUUCGCCCUUGGGGGUCCAUGUGUACCCUUUGUACAGUUGCUUCUAGAAUUUUCCUGGAAUUGACAAGGAAACAAUGAUUUUUUUUUUUUCGGAUUGCUGAAAAUAUUUGCAAAAUUUAAGAAUGACAGCCUAUUUUUACACAUUUUUACAUGGUGAUACACACUCCAUGUCUCAAGGCAUGUACUGUUUAUUGUUCGGGUUCUCUUGCACCCUUGUACUUGAAUUUCAUUGUUUAGGUUUGUGUGUGGAUAUUUUGCAGAUUCAAUAAAGAGUAUGACCUAUUUAGAUUCAUUAUUUUUGCACCUUGGUGCAUGCAUAUUGGGCAAUAAAAUUGUAGUUAACCAA